AUGGCAAACUUCCUACAUGGAACGCCAGAGAAGCCCCCACCUGUCACAGAACAGAACAAUUUGUCUGAGAAGGAGACGAUUGCAAUGCGGGCUCGGAAGGGAAAAGGUGCCAUAAAGAAUACCCUGAAAGCUGUGGUAUCCGAUGGCGAGAGGCGACUAAAUGAUGACGGACAGACGCAGCUUGACGAGAGCAUGGACAAAGAGGAUGAUGUUGAAAGUGAAGAUCUUGCGUGUCACGAUGAAGGUGACGUCCCCAUGAGUGAGCAAGGGAGCGAAUUGCCAAUGGAUCUGGACAUGACUGAGCAAGAGGGGCUGGCCAUGCUGUGA